AUGCGAUUCCGACAUAAUAUAUUUUGUCUUUUGUCGGUGUUGUCGUUCACCCGGAUAACCGAGUCGUCAAGCCCUUCUACGCCAAAUGACCAUCCACAGACGACAGACUCAGAUCGAUUGGUGCUGGUAAACGAUUUGACGGCCGUGAAGAGUUCUGAUUCAGCGGUCAAAAGGAUUUCAAGAGUUUUGGAGUGUUUGACAAAUCAGUUGAACAAAGGUGGGAAGACUUCGCGGAUUGAAUGUCACGACGUCUUUUCGCCGAUUUGGAUUUCAGCAAUACGUGCGCUGUUCGGUGACGAAAACGAAAUCGGAGAAAGCAAAAAAUCAAAGAAAAAGCCAUGGGACAUGCAGACUUUAAUGCUCGGUGCUGGAGUGAAGCUGAUUUUGUUCCUCCCAGUUUUGGCGAUCCUGACGGGAAAAGCCAUUUCGCUAAGUCUGACGUCACUGUUGAUCACAUCUCUGGGUUUCCUCUACAGAAACCAACUGGAGUCGUUUGCCAAACGCAGUGAUUCCUUGUGAUAUAUUUAUAUUUAAAUACAUUAUAUCAUCCAUUAAAGGGAUCCAGUUGAACAUUAAUUUUAAG